UUGCGCUCAAAUAUAUUAGAUGACGCCGAACUCGAACGGCUACGACGUGAGACUGUUCCUUUAUCGAGUGAAAAUGCUGCGGCUGAGGAUGCGGCGCCACAACUUGCUGAGCAAACGGCAAACGUGGAUGCCGCCGUGAAUACCCCAGUUGUGGUUGAUUCAAACAAUGAUGGAACAGUCGCCCAGGAACUGGAACUAGAGCAAAUGGGGAGUAUAUUGGAAGAGGCGAUUGUGAAAACGCGCAGUACGCCUCUCGAAAAUCGACCGAGACUUCCCCGCAUAGCCCUAAGCAAGCGGAAUCGGGCUGUCGUGAGGGCUCUGAACCCAAUGCUGGUUACCUAUUUGGAAGCCAGCCGGGACCUUUGUGAGACGGACUCAAUUCUUUUUGGCGCCGCACUGGCAGUCUGCCAUAUUAUAGGCCAGGUCAGGCAAUACCAGGCCAAAGAUUGUGCGCACCGUUAG